GGCGGACCAAAGAAAACUGAUGCUGAUGCUGGUGAGGGUUUUCCAUCUGAGGAUGAGUCUGCACAGUUCAAGAAAUCCAGAGGACCACCGAUGAAGGGCGGACCGAAGAAACCUGAUGAGGAUCUGCCAUCUGAGGAUGAGUCUGCACAGUUCAAGAGACCCAAAAGACCUGUGACGAAGAGAAAAGCAGCUCUCAGAAAUCUGUCAAAGAAGAAGAGGAUUUAGAAGAAGCCUUUGACCCAGUUUGGCUUUAAUAUUUUCAAAUGUUUCAUGAUUCAGUUCUUGUGUUAAGAUUACCAGAGGACGGCCAACAGUGUUCUAAUUUAAAAUUAAUACUCUGGGUACAAAUAGAAGUAAAAAUGUUUUAUUUGUUCUGACUUCUGUGUGUAAAGAAAAAUACAAAUGUUUAGUUCAAAAAUAAAGCUUGAUUGUAAA